AAAUUUUACCUUUAGGUUAAAGCGUACCAACAACAUUUAACAUUUGAUGAUAUUUCCUCACUACAUGAAUGGGCGGUUUCUGGUUUCAAAAAUUCAUCAGUCUCCCGCAGCAUGAAAAAGUAUGAUAUUAAUGGACUUCCAGAGGUUGUUAUUAAUGCCUUAGAGAGCUUACAGUCAAAAAAUAUCAGUCAAGAUGACAGUGAUGAUGAAGAAAAUCCUAUUUACGAAGUUCAAAGAGGUUUAAGGAAGCUAUAUGAGAUAUGUAUUGCUUGCUGCAAAAGUGACAGUAGAAUUGUUUCACAACAUCCCUUGUUUGUUGGUGGACUUUGUGUACUUUGUACAAAGACGGUUUACAAAGUAUGCAGUUUGCCUUUUGGACAAGCUCAAGAUUAUUGCAUUUUGUGUGGACUUGGAGGCAAAUUAGUCUACUGUAGUAAUAGCCUUUGUGUUCGUGCAUAUUGCAAUGUUUGUAUUGAUUAUCUGGCACCUGAAGGAGCAUAUUCACAGAUUGUACAGAAUGAUGCAUGGGUGUGCUACUUGUGUAAAUCUGAUCCUGAUAGGUCAUGUCUCAUUAAGCGGCGGAAGAACUAUGAAACUAUUAUGUAUACUCCUCCACAACCACCAAAAGAAAAAUUACCAAUCUGUGUGAUUUCUCAGAGUGAUAUAUGCCAUAAAGUUUUAAUGAAGGAAAAGAUAAUAAUAGAAAAGUAUUGUAUUCAACCUUGUAACGAUGCAGGAUCCUGUGAGCAUACAAAAUAUUCUGAAAAAUAUGAGGAUUUUUCUGAAAAAGAGUUUGCAGAUAUUGGUGCAGAUUUAGUUUAUGGAUCAUAUGUAUCAAAUGGCAAUCUAGAGGACAGGAAAGCAUGUGUUGCUGACCUUUUUGUAGCAUUCUUCAGAUUUAUUUUUAGACUAGAUAAUGCAAGGUUGCAUAAACCUUAUGUUUUCUUCAUAUUUAUUGCUAAUGCAAGUAUUAUGGAUGAAGAAAUUUUAACUCGUGCCAAAAGAUUUGUUAUG